UUUCGCCGACUGGUAUAUAAGUCAGUGGACUAACACUAAGAAGGCACAGUUUCAUUCCAACUUCCAAAGCAACAACAUGAAGGUUUUUAUUCUCGCUGCAUUGGUCGCCGUUGUCGCUUCCCAAGCUUACCCCAAGCCGCAAUACCCCAAGCCCACUUACCCCGAGCCAUCAUACCCAAAGCCCGCCUACCCCGAGCCCGCAUACCCCAAACCAGCGUACCCAUCUCCAGCUUAUGCCAAGACCCCCGAAUACGCCCCGAUGCCCUACAACUUUGACUGGGCCGUUAAGGACGAUCCUUCCUACAAUGACUACGCUCACCAGGAGACCGCUGACGACAAGGGUUACGUCACCGGAUCUUACCGCGUUCUUCUUCCCGAUGGCCGCACUCAGGUCGUCAACUACAAGGCCGAUGAUUACACUGGUUACGUUGCCGAUGUUAAAUUCGAGGGUGAAGCCAAGGAGUACAAGCCCGCCUACAAGCCAGCAUACCCAAGCCCCGCUUACCCAAGCCCAGCGUACCCAGCUCCUAAAUACCCAACCAAAUAUUAAGAGAGUCUAAAGGUUCAUCAUCACUUUGCACAAAGUUUCAGUUGUAAACUAUAAAUUAUCUUGCUGAAUUCAAAUACAAUUCUACCAUCCAUUUAAAAAGAA